CACUUGCAAACGUUAUUAUUCUCGAUGUGAUAUCAGAUCGAGUUGGCCAAAUCUCGAUACCGUGAAGAUGAUAAGCAGUGAUAACAUACCGAAUAUGGCACAGGAUGUCAUCCGCUGCUCUCUAUGUACAAAUGCUGUGGCAAUGCACUGCAAAAGUUGUGAUGUAAAUCUCUGUGAGCAGUGCAUAAGCCACCAUAUACAAAAAAGCCCAACUCUAAAAAAUCAUGAUCUUCUACCGUAUACGCAAAAAGCGUCUUCAGAACAAGUUAUAAAUAAUUGCAAGGAUCAUCCCAAUCAAAUCUGUGACCUCUACUGUCAAGACUGCCACAUUCCUAUAUGUUCGCGUUGUCUGCUGAAAAAUCACAAGCGACAUAGCGCAGAAGAAUUAUCCGAAAUUUAUGAAACAACUCGGAGUGCUGUCAGCGAAGACUUACUGGAAUUAAGACACUUCAAAGAAGAAUACGAAAAGGUCCUAAGGGACAUGGAAGACGGAUUGUCCACAUAUGCAGAAGAAAGUGAAAAAGAAAGAAAUUCUUUAAAAAUAUUGGGGGGAAAAUGGCAUGAAAUUCUGGAUAACGCUAUAGACAGAAUGGAAGAGGACAUAAUGAACAGAACAAAGGAAGACAAGAACCUCGUACAGGAUAAUGUUGAUGAAAUUCGGAUUUCCUUACAGAAUGUGGACGAAUUAAUAAAGAGAAACGAGAAUUUAUUAAAAGAUGACGAUGUUUUGAACAUUCUUAAAUAUGAGUCUAGGGUUGAUGAAUUGCGACUUGUUCCCAACAGAACAGAAAUCACCCCAGCAAAAAUCGUUCCUCUAGAUGUUAAAGAAGAGGAAAUCAUGCAACAGCUUGUGACUCUCACACCUUCGACCCGAAACACUCUCCGUGGAUUCGCUAUCACCAAAACUGGCCGGGAUUUCUCUGUAUCUGCUCGAGUGUUACUUGAAAAGCAGCAAAUUUUAUUCACCAUAAGAGCCAACAGCGUAAAAUUAAAAGGAAUUUGCUGCGAGUCCACAGACAAGGUUUGGAUUUAUGGAGAUGAUGAAAAACUGAAGCAGUUCGACAAACUUGGCAACAUGCUAAAUUGCAUAACGGCGAUUUCGGGGAAUAGUCAGAAAGAUAUCGCUGUAAAUAAGGAUGGCGAUGUUGCUUUUUCUCACAUAACAGAUGAAUGUGUGAAAAUACUCAGAGAAAGGCGUAUACAGAAAAUGGUUGACUUGUCUGGCUGGAUUCCGUAUGGCCUUUGCUUCAAUUCAGACGAUGAUCUGAUGGUCUGCAUGCGACGAAAUGACUACUCAGAGAGCAAAGUUGGCAUAUAUUUGGGAGAAAUGUUGAAGCAAGAGAUUCAAUAUGAUGACACCAACAAGCCACUAUUUUCAACAGGUAGAAACAACAUGUAUAUCACCGAGAAUGGAAACGGAGACAUUUGUGUGUCCGACUGGAAUGCCUCUGCUGUCAUCGUGACCAAGAAAUCCGGAGAAUUUCGAUUUCGUUACACCGGAAGUCUCUCUCGCAGCUACAAAGAAUUUUAUCCACAUGGAAUAGAUACUGACAACUACUUUCGUAUUCUCGUUGUUGAUCGCAACAAUGAUUGUGUCCACGUGAUUGACCGGAACGGGAAGUUUUUACGCUACAUCAACUGCAGUUUGAAAGACCCAUUCGUUCUCAGUAUUGAUAGCGACGAAAACCUCUGGGUCGGAGAAUGUGAUGAGCAGAACAUCAAAGUUAUUAAGUAUCUAGACUAAAUUUAUACGCUGAUCUUAAGAACGGAAUUUUUUAAAAAGCAUUUUAAAUUUUAUGAUCGACUCACAAAACGAACCUGUAGUAAUGCGAAUCCAGUUGCCUUGUUCGACAUCAGUCUUUGUGAUAUCAGGAAAUCAUGAAAAAAUGUGUCAACGUGCAAGUCUGUGUGAUUUACACACCAUUAAUUCACACUUUACCUAAAACAUUCAUCAUUUUACAUUUUACAUGUUUAAAAGCUACAAAAAUAUACUCAGUGUUUGAAUUUCC